AGUGGCGGACAGAAGGCUAGGCUGAGUCUGGCCCGGGCUCUGUACCACUCGGCAGACAUCUACCUCUUGGACGACCCCUUGAGUGCUGUCGACACACGUGUGGCCAAACAUAUCUAUCAAAAAUGUUGUGUUGAGUACUUGAAAGACAAGGCGACUAUAUUAGUGACGCAUAACAUCCAGUUUCUCAAAGACGCGCAUCAAAUACUUGUGCUCAACGACGGCGAGUGUGUGGCCAUCGGGUCCUACACUCAGCUCAAAGAGCGCGGCAUUGAUCUCAUGGCAUAUCAAAGACUAACCGAUGAAACAAAUGAUAGGGCGGUUAUGAAAAGGAGGACAUCUGUCACACCAUCGAUGGUCUCAACCAUUAGUGAGGGAUCGGAUGUGACGGACGUUAGGGAUGCAAAACAAGUUGACGAACAGGAAGUAAAGGCCGAACUCAAAAUGAUUGGUUCCGUUGAGUCCAGUGUGUAUUUGGCAUAUAUUAAGGCCGGCGCCGGACCUCUGCUCGAC